CUACGUUUCAGAGUUACUAUUCGCACGGAGAUAUCCCGUUAUGUUUACUGGUGAUACGGGUGUCGGUAAAUCUGUAUUAGCAAUUUCCGUGCUCAAGAAAUUGCAAAAAGGUAACGUAGUACCGGUACUUUUAAACUUUUCCGCACAAACGGGUAGCGCACGUACACAAGAAAUGAUCGAAGCGCAAUUAGAGCGAAGAAAGCGUACACAACUCAGCGCACCGUUCGGAAAAAUGGUUAUCGUUUUCAUAGACGAUGUAAAUAUGCCUAAACUGGAUACAUAUGGCAGUCAACCGGCAAUCGAGUUAUUGAGGCAAUUUCUCGACUUCAAAGGUUUAUACGAUCGCGAGAAACUCUUCUGGAAAGAAAUCUUGGACGUAGUGCUGGGCUGUGCUUGUGCACCACCAGGUGGUGGCCGAAACCCCUUGACGCCACGUUAUGUGCGUCACUUUGCGCUCUUCUCCCUGCCCAAACCGAAUAAUGAGACUUUGACGACUAUAUUCGCUGGCAUACUAACAGGCUUCUUAGACACAUUCUCCACCGUUAUACGCCCGCUUGCCUUACCUAUAGUCAACGCUUGUGUCGACGUUUACUCGCGCAUCGCCAAUGAAAUGUUGCCCACGCCUGACAAGUCUCACUACAUAUUCAAUUUGCGUGAUUUAUCCAAAUGCGUACAGGGUAUUUUGCAAGCCAAGAAUACUCAUUAUAAUCAAGAAAUUCAGGUGUUGCGUCUCUUCCUCCACGAAACGACACGCGUCUUUCACGAUCGUCUUAUCAAUGAUGAGGAUAAGGGCCUGUUCAAUAAUAUCAUGUACGAAGUCUGUCUCAAGCAUUUCAGACGUGAAGUAUCGAAGCGAGAUGAACCGCCAAUACUGUUUGGAGAUUUUAUGAUUUUUGGAAAGUCGAAAAAUGAACGCAUCUAUGAAGAGAUCAGUGACCACAAGAAGUUGGAAAGCAUUUUGAAUGAUUACAUUGAGGAUUACAACUCGAUAACGGGUAAGAGUAUGCGUUUGAUACUCUUUCAGGAUGCGCUCGAACAUACGGUGCGUUUGGCGCGCUUGCUGCGUAGCGAUCGUGGUUAUGGCUUGCUA